UCAUACUAUAAUUUGGAACUAAGAGAUACCAUCCACAUUUCACCUUCAUACUACUUCCUUUCACCAUGACCAUUGCAAAUAAUCUGAGUAUGAGCUCUAAACCCGCCGCAGAGCCCGACAACGACUCCACCCAACUCGUCCAAGAUGAGAUUCUUGAGCUGGAGGCAAGACUGGCACGAGCAAAAGCUCGCCUGAAAAAGGCACACGACACCAAUCCCGUCAUCAGUGGCGCUGCUCCUCACGAUGCUCGCCCAACCGUGUCUCAACAACAAGAACAAACAUCCUUUACCCUCGCUUCGAGACCAACCCCUCCAGACACAACCACCCACUUCCUGCUCCUCCUCUCGGACUCGGCCCUGCCCUUGGGUUCCUUCGCCUUCAGCAGCGGCCUAGAGUCCUACCUAGCCCACAGCCGAGCCAACUCCUUCCGGCCGUCGUCUCAGACAGGCGGCCACGCCAUCGCCCCCUUCGAUCUCUUCCUGCCCCUGUCCCUCUCGUCCUACGCCUCCACCACCCUUCCCUUCCUCCUCGCCGCACACCGCAGCCCAGCCCGCCUGGCCGAGCUCGACGACGCCCUCGACGCCGCCGUCGUCUGCACCGUCGGCAAGCGCGCCAGCACCGCCCAAGGCCGCGCCCUUCUCGGCAUCUGGGACCGCUCCUUCGCCCUCUCCUCUUCCUUCGCCCUCCUCUCCUCCUCCUCUUCUUCCUCCUCCUCUCAGGAAGCGCUGCAGGCUCUGGCCAGCUACUCAGAGCUCCUCCGCUCUCCCACGUUACCGGGGGACGGCACAGGCCUGGCGCCCGUAGCCGCGCAUCUGGCCCCGCUCUUCGGGCUCAUCACCUCCAUCGUCGGCCUGUCGUUGCACCAGGCCGCCUAUGUCUUUAUGCUGGGCCACGUCAAGGCCCUCGUGUCUGCCGCCGUGCGGGCUAACCUGAUGGGGCCGUACGCCGCGCAGAAGGUGUUGGCGUCGGCUGACACGCAGGCAAUGAUCACGGCUGCUAUCGAGCGGGAGUGGGAUACGCCGCCUGAGGAGGCUGGCCAGAGCGUGCCGGUGAUGGACCUUUGGGUGGGACGGCACGAGCUGCUGUACAGUCGGAUAUUCAACAGCUGACGUGGUGGCUUGGGAGGAGGGAAAGAAAGAGGGAAGGGGUGGGCGAUGAAGGCAAAGGGUAUGCGUAUAUUGUACCAACUACUUGUCCUUCAUCUGUAUGUGACACCGUGAUCCCCG